AGCCAUCUCAGUGUGAGAGAUACGCCGUCUUCUCCGAAGGACCAUGGCGAUCCAUGGUGGGGUCGCGUUCGUGCUGCUCUUCGCAGGCUUCAGUGCAAGUGUCACCGGAAAAUGUUCAUUCGAAAACUGUGGUCACUAUGAUAACUCAUCGUACGUCGUGCACAUCGUGCCCCACUCCCACAUGGAUCUCGGGUGGUUGAAGACCGUGCAGCAAUACUUCUACGGAACCAACGCUGGGGAGAAUAAUAUCGCUGUGAAGUUGAUUUACGACAGCGUCGUCUCUGAACUGCUGACCGAUGUGAACAAGCGAUUCAUUUUCGUGGAAACUGGAUUCUUCGAGCUCUGGUGGAACCACAGUUCGGAUGCGAGCCGAGAGUCAUUCAGGAAAUUGUUGAACAAUGGUCAAAUCGAGUUCAUUAGCGGGGGUUACGUCAUGAACGACGAGGCUGCGACCUACUACACGAACACCAUCGAUCAGAUGACCCUCGGACUCGGGAUCCUCCGGAAAACUUUCGGGGAAUGCGGAGUGAGCAGAGUCGGAUGGCAGAUCGAUCCUUUCGGACACUCAAGGGAGUUCGCUUCCCUCCUCUCCCAAAUGAACUUCGACGGGCUAUUCCUAGGUCGAAUCGACUAUCAGGAUAAAAACGCUCGCGAAGAAUCUGGCACCAUGGAAUUCUAUUGGAGGGCGUCAGAGUCGUUGCCGAAGUCCAGAUUGACGGGUGUAGUAUUAGCGAACAACUACUCGCCUCCGCCGGGCUUCUGUUUCGACAUCUAUUGCAAUGAUGAUCCGCUAGUGGAAGACAAAGAAUCCGAAGAAUACAACCUGCCGGGAAGGAUCGAAAAACUGAUGGAAUGGAUUGGGACUCGGGCUCCCUUCUUCGCUACAAACAACUUCUUGAUCACCAUGGGAAACGACUUCAACUACCACAGCGCGCACAAGUGGAUGUCGAACAUUGAUAUCCUCAUUCGCUAUGUCAAUACACGAAAGGACCUCAAGAUCAAUGGGCUACCCGUACGCUUCGAGUACUCUACCCCGAGCUGCUACCUGAAGGCGAUCCGAGGCGCGAAAUUAGCGAGCAAGGCCGACGACUUUUUCCCGUAUUCGAGCGAUCCUCACGCCUUCUGGACGGGUUAUUUCACAAGCCGACCAGCUUUCAAGUACCUAGAUCGGUUCGCCAACAACCUCUUCCAAGCCGCGAAACAGCUGGCCGCGAUGGCGGGUCUCGGUGGCGGACGCCUCAGUGGCCUGAGUCGUGCUCUGGCCGUCGAUCAACACCACGACGCGAUUACCGGCACCGCGAAGCAAUUCGUGAACGACGCGUAUACGCGAUCAACCUUGAAGGGCUUCAACGAAGCGAGAGAUGUUAUUGCUGAGGCCUUCGUCAGCCUCAGCCGGAACGAUGCGGGACCGAUCGUUUUCUGCAAGUCCUUGAAUGUCUCCGAAUGCGACGAGAUCGACGGAAUGCUCCGGAACGGAGGGAUCACUGUGAACGCCUACAACCCGUCUUCCCAGCUCGUUCGAACAUUCUUACGAAUCCCGACCACUGAUGGGGAAGAAGCCUUCAGUGUUACGUUCUGCCCAUACCGAAGAGUGUUAUUUGCUCUGCCCGAAAGAUCGGGGAAAGCUACCCACGAAAUAGUGUUCCCCAUCGAAAUCGGAGCACAUGCUUUCGAGUCUGUCAGCAUCAAGCCCAAGAAAACGAGCUGGGCCUCGGAAUUCCCGUCGGAAGUCGAGGUUCCUACCUACAGAAGGCUAAGACCCGGAAAGCGGGAAUUCGUUGAGAGACGAGGAGACACCGAAUUAAGAAUCCAUCCGACGCGAGGUCUGGUGAGGAUGACUAUGAACGGAGUGACGAUCAAUGCAACGGCGGGAUACUACUACUACGAGAGUCACGCUGGAGACAACCACGAUUUCGGUCACAGAGCGAGUGGCGCCUACAUCUUCCGACCCAACGUCUCAAGCCCUGUACCACUUCCGAUCACCUCACAAGAAAUAAUCAAGGGCAAGACUGUCACCGAAAUCCACAAUACCUACACGGAUUGGCUCUCUGAUGUCAUCAGGAUGACAGGCGACGGCAAGGUCGAGGUGGAAUGGGUGAUUGGUCCCAUUCCCGUGGCAGACAAAGUUGGCAAAGAGAUUAUCUGGAGGAUGGACACGGAUAUAGACUCCGGGAGCGAGUUCUUCACUGACAGCAAUGGACGAGAAACUUUGAAAAGAACUCGCGACUCCAGACCGACGUGGGACGUGUCGCUUGAGGAACCGGUCGCGGGGAACUACUAUCCCGUCAACACCAGGAUCGCCAUAAGGGACAAGGACGCGGAAACCACGGUGCUCACCGACCGAUCAGUCGGCGGUUCGAGCCUACGAUCCGGGCAAAUCGAAAUCAUGCUGCACAGACGGUGUCUCUUCGAUGAUGCUUUUGGUGUCGGUGAAGCCCUCAAUGAGCCUGGCUACGAUGGGGAAGGAUUGAGAAUCCGUGGAACUCACACCAUCGUCGUGCAGACACCCGAUGAAUUCGACGCUCGGUCGGCCAGCAUAAAUCUCGCUCUAAAACCGAUCGUGGUCUUUUCCAAGGAGCCAUUGGAGACUUCCCAAUCCAGGAUAAAUGUUACGACACUCCCCGAUAUUGUGCAGCUAUUGUCUUUCGAACAGCUGGCCGAGAAUGAAUUCCUCGUCAGGCUCGAGAAUAAGUUGGAACGCCGCGCCGGGGCCGGAACGGUCACGGUCGACUUCCCCGCGCUGUUCAAUGAUCGCAUCGAAAACGUGAAGGAGACAUUCUUGGCUGCCAACAUAGAUCGCCCGUCAAGAACGGGAGCCAUUCGGAGUGUUCGCCUCUACCCUAUGGAGAUCAGAACGUUCCUCGUGACCCUCAAGUAAGGAUUCCUUCGAGACGGCGCGGUGGAGUCAUCUCACGAGUUUCUUCUAUCUCUGACGCUCAACUCCAUUGCAACACACUCGAGAACAAAGAUAGACUAUUUUCGAUUAAUUAAAAGUCAAUAAAAUGUAGCCGACAUUCCUGUGCUCGGUUCCCCUUAA